GAGGAGAUCCCCCACACAGCGGAUCUGCUGGGUCAUUUUGCCGUGUCAGGAGGGAAGCACAUCUAAAAAAACAAGGACCCAUGGGAAAAAGCCCUUCUGGUGCUGAAACCCAAUCAUUAACUGGUCAGUUAAUUGGUUGUUAGUUAAUUAUUAAUACGGCAGUGUAUUGACAAGACCGGUAAUCAAAAUACCUGAGGAGAAAGAGAAACUGAACUGGAGAUUGAGAGCACUGUUUGGUCACAACACUGUGGCCCCUUUCGGUCCAGGAGAGUGCCCGUUUGGUGGGGAUGUCACUUGCCUUUUUCGCGGAUGUCUCCCUGUCCUCCGGGACCGUCGGUUGGUCAUGUGACACGUGGGCGCUCUAGAGAAAUGAGGGACAGCGCGGGGUUCGCCGUCGGCUGGGAUCACGCAGGGUUCCUCUGAAUGGAGCCGAUGUGGACGCUGCUGCUGCUCUGCCUGGGCCUUGUCACUGGGGUCUGCGCGGGUCAGGCCCGGCCAUGGAAGCCAUGCACAGAUCUGCUGCCGCUGGACUUCCUGUCCCGGGUGCUUCCUGGGGGCGGGAAGGCCCUUAGUGGAGUGCGUGCAGUCCAGGACAGGGGGGCUAAGGGCCUGCAGCUGACCGGGCCCCACGAGGCGCUCAGCUUCCCCUCCUCUCAGCUCUUCAUAAACUGUCCCUUCUUUCCCACCGAGUUCUCCGUCGUGGUCACGCUCAAGGUCUCCCAUAUAGCACCCAAGAAGAAUGAGUACAUCUUCACGCUGGUGGAGGAGCAGUCAGACAGGAUGCUGCUCGGCCUGCGCUACUCCCAAGACAGGCUCCACUUCCUGUUCCUGAGCCCAGCAGGCCGAGAGCGGCUCACCUUCAGGGCCGUGCAGCUGGUGGACAACCAGUGGCACACCCUGGUGCUGUCCAUCUCUGGGCGUUAUGUCACGCUCACUAAGGACUGUGGAAUACCACUGGAGCUGCUGCAGGAGAAGCCUUUCCCCCUCACUCUCAGCACUCAGGGAUCCAGGUUCUACAUUGGGAGCCGAAGACGAUGGAAAGGAUUGUUUUCAGGGCUGAUGCGACAGCUGGUUCUGUUGCCCGGAUCUGAUGCUACCUCACGAAUAUGCCCAUCUUCCAACCCCAGCCUUGCCAUUCUCUCCGUCCCCUCCGUCCUGUUGCACCUGCCUGUCCAGCCAUCCGAAAAUGAAGCCUUGAUGUAUCCCUAUGAGGCCAGUGUGCGGGUGACUCUGGGAACGCUGCCCUCCUGCACCAACAGUGAACGGGGCCAGCUGUGGUUCGAUACACUGAAGAGGGGCCUCUUCAUCUGUGACAGUGUGGCUUGGGUUCCCCUGCUGGAAGGGAGAGAGAGGCUGGACUAUGUGGAGGACUACCAAGACCUCUACACCAACUCUAAGACAUUCGACAUUGAGGUUUUCCAAAUCCCAUCAGUGGGGCUCUUUGCUGCAGUGGCUGACUGGGAGUCCAAGCCUGGCUCUGGGAUAUACAAGUGGACUGAUGGGAAGUUUGAACCCUACCAGAACAUCAGUACCUUCCAAGCACAAGCCUGGAAAUACUUCACCGUGGGCAACAAGAUGUUUUUGGCUGUUGCCAAUUCGAGAGGGAAGGAUGAGGAGGCUCAGGAGCUGUCUGUGAUCUACAAGUGGAGCCCGAGGAAACAGAAGUUCCUCCCCUACCAGACCCUGGUGACGCACAGCGCGCGUGAUUGGGAGGCGUUCACCAUCCAGGGCGAGGCCUUCCUUGCUGUGGCCAAUCACAGACAAGGGGAGCACAACCAUAACAUUAACAGCGUGAUCUACAAGUGGAACCCGGGAACCAAGGUGUUUGAAGUAAACCAGACCAUCCAAACCUCAGGGGCUUACGACUGGGAGUUCUUCAGCAUCGGUCCGUACCACUUCCUGGUGGUGGCCAACACUUUCAAUGGCUCCUCAACACACGUCAACUCCGUCAUCUACAUCUGGUUAGGAGGGAUGUUUCAGCCCUUCCAGGCCAUCUCGACUUAUGGAGCAACAGACUGGGAGAUGUUCCAGAUUGGGAACAGGAUCUUCCUGGCAGUGGCUAACGGUCAGAAGUUUUAUGAAAAUGUCCCCAGCCUCUACGCAAUCAAUUCCACUAUCUACGAGCUCAGCACGACAACAAAGACAUUCCUCAAGUUUCAGGAUAUUGUGACCUACAGCGCGGUUGACUGGGAGUUUUUUACAAUGGGAGAUGAAAAGUUUCUGGUGGUAGCCAAUUCCUUCGAUGGGACAUCGCACUCGUUAAACAGUGUCAUAUACAGGUGGCAGGGAUAUGAGGGGUUUGUUCCCAUUCACCGGCUGCCGACCACUGGGUGCAUAGACUGGGAGUUCUUCACCUCCACAGAGGGCUCCUACCUCAUUUACUCCAGUGCCACACAGCCCCUCUCCAAGGUUUUCAAGCUGAGAACUUACUGAGGAGGCUGGCUGUCCGACCUUCCCCAUGAGCUCCAGUGAACCAGGCCAAUGAGUCACAUGCUACUGGAUUCAUGUGCAAUGAUUCACAUGCUACUGGAUUCAUGGGCAAUGAUUCAUGUGUGACCUAGAUUAAUGUGCAAUGAUUCAUGUGUGACUGGAUUCAUGUGCAAUGAUUCAUGUGCGAUUGGAUUCAUGUGCAAUGAUUCAUGUGCAGCACCGAGACCUGAGACUCACUAUAAGCACUGUCAGGCAAGAGGAGACUCUAUGCACCACUCGAAAACUUGACAUGCUAUCACAGACCUAAAACUGCACAACUGUACCAUACAUGUAGUUUGGACCACAGGUGGGUUUCAUCACACACAAUAUUUCAUGUUUCAGUGGAGCCUUUGGAAUCUACAGCUGAAUGUUGAACUGAGUAAUGAGCCCAGGGUGGAGACAAAUGAGAGUGGGAACAAGGGCUCUUUCACCCAAAUGAAUGGACAGUGAGCACAGCUGGAAAGAUGCAUUCUCACAGCAAUGGGUGCUUAAGACUUCAGUCCGCUCUUUACCAUUAGAAUAAUGUAUGAACAUACUGUUGUGUAAAAUAUUCUAAGCUUGUGCUCAAGCAAACAAGCUGUCUUAAAAUAGUAAUUCUGUGUUUAUCUUUAAGGUGCGGCACUCUCUUGUCAAAAAAUAUAGGUUCAAUUUAUCAUGAAAUAAUAUUUUAAUGAUUUAUAUUUUUAUAACAGUAUAAUAAUAUUUUAUUUAAUAAUGAAGUAAACUUUAAAUGUGCAUCUGUUAUGCCGUUUUAUAUAAUUAUAUGCAAUCCAUCACAUUGCACUUAAA